UUAUCAACACAGCUACCCCGCAGUACCCAUAAUUUUGAUGACAUUAUCCCUCAAACUUCCCUAGAAAAUAACAUAUUAUGAUUUGUUAUUUUAUCAAUACAUCAGAAUAUUUGGAGAAAUAGAAUGACCGAGCGACAGUUUCAAUUAGAUGUGGUAGUGGAUGCAUUCAAGAAAGCACACAACGAUGGGAAGAUAAUUGUUGAUGAGUAUGUCCGAGGUUACGACGAACUUUGUAUUUUCUUCGAUUCGCUUGGUUCAGUAUUCGGCUUCAUAACGUCUGAUGUGAGAGAUAAGAUUGGAAUCCUGCAGCAUCACAGAGGAGCAGAAAACGGGGGUGAAUAUACCGACGUGAAAGCAAUGUUUGAAUUUGAAAUCGAGAAUAAACUGACCGAUGCAAAGACCCAACCACUCUCGGGAUCAAGAACAUUACUUCGCUUACAUAGAGCUCUGGCAUUCACUAUGCUAUUUAUGAAACGUCUAAGUGAGUCUCAUGAAGGUGACAGCUCGUCCGCGCUAGCGUCGGAGUCAUACAACAAGACCCUUGCGGCGUAUCACCCUUGGCUGAUUCGCAAAGCAGCUCUCCUUGCGAUGUACACACUGGCCAGUGUUGGUGACAUGAUCAAGAAAGCAUCCGCUGAAAGCGCGGACCAGGAAAGCGCCCAAAAACUGUUAUGUGAAGCUGUUGAAGCAAUUCAACCUGUUUAUGAUACCACCGAGGAGCUAUAUACUGAAUAUGAUUUGCAUGGUCUACCCUGAUGGGGAAUAUUUUCCUCUAAAUUUUACAUUUUUCUAAAAAUUGCAAUUUUGAUCGACACCUGCUUGUACUUCCGGUUCGUGGAAAAUAAUGCCACUAGCAUGUAAAUCAAACGUUCAUAUAUUAGGCAAUAAAAAGGUCUUCAUUCAA